AUGGUGAUGCUGGUGGGCCGAGCCACCGCCACCCAGAUGUCAGAGUUAUUCCACCACACCCACCCACUCACACCCACUCCAUCUGUCAUAAAAAAAAACCAUAAUCACUACAACGCAGAGCUGGAGACUGUGGACUUCAAAGGUGGCUCAGAGGCCGCCAGACUCAAGAUCAACAGCUGGGUGCAGAAGCAGACUCAAGAUAAAAUUAAGGAUCUGUUGGCAGAGGGUGACGUGGACAGCCUGAGCAGGCUGGUGCUGGUUAAUGCCAUCUACUUCAAAAGUAACUGGAACGAGAAAUUUCAGCAGCAUGACACACAGGAUGCUCACUUUAGACUCAACCAGAUAGAACCAUCCAGUGAAGAUAUGCACCCUACAGCCAUUGUCCCCUUUCUCCACACCCGUAAGGCCAAACUGCAAGACAUGAGGGAUAACGUUGAGUGGUCCAGUGGGGCUGCUCUUCAGAUGGAGAGUCUAUUACAUGGAGUAAGUCCGGUCAUCAGGGCAUGGAUGCCUUUGACAGGCAGACUCUCUGUAGGACUUGUUCUGCAUCUAAUCUUUAAAGAACAGCAGCUGAAACCUGAAUGUCUCCUGUAUGUCCCUGCCGAAUGGCUGGGACUGUCAAAAGUUGUCCACAAGGCUUUUGUGGAGGUCAACGACAAGGGAACUGAGGCUGCUGCUGUCACUGCUGCUGUCAUGAUGCUGGAGUCUUGCGCGAUAAGUUCUCCAUCUGCCACGUUCAUCGCAGACCACCCCUUCCUCUUCUUCAUCAGACAUAACCCCUCCAUGAGCGUUCUCUUUGCUGGCGAUACUCGCUCCCUGAGUGUUUCCUAA